AUGAAUCGCGAAGGAGGAAAAAAGAAACCAUUAAAACAACCUAAGAAGCAAGCAAAGGAAAUGGAUGAGGAGGAUCUUGCUCUUAAGCAGAAGCAAAGAGAAGAGCAGAAGAAACUUGCCGCUGCUAAGCAAAUUGCUCAGAAGGGUCCACUCGGCACCGGCAAAAACAAGAUUUCUAAAUAA